AUGCUGAGGCGCAUCUCCGACUGGGGCGCGCCCGUGUUGGCUCGCCAGACGGUAGCUGCAUGUGUGGGAUUAUUCACGUCGCUUCGGGGUGUUCGUGACACCCGCUACGACAGCUGCAGUGAGGAGCUGACCAGCCGUUACUUCGACAUGCAGGACAUCCCGGCGGAUCGCCUCACACAUCACUACUGGGACAACAUGGACACACCGUAUGACGACACGUUUCUGCUCGACGAAUUCCCCUUCGCGGAGGGUGGCGUGGACACUGACGAACACAUUCUUCAGCCGGAUCGUCGGCUGCUUUCGAAGGAGUACCUUUAG